AUGAAGCUCAAGAAGGAUCGCAAGGACGAGGCACUCACGGCGUUGCCGGUUGCGGAACAGCAGCAACAGGAAGAGGUGUUGCAGCAACAGCAACAAGCGCAGCAAAAGAAGGAGAAGAGGAGGUUCAGUGGGUUUUGGAAGAGGAAGGACAAAGAGGCGGCGCCGUCGGAUACAACGACUACGCCGUCGGUCGUCAUCAACGGGAGUAGUACGCAAGUGCUGGACUCGGCGUAUGCCAGCAGUGAUGCGAACCAUUCGCAAUCGCAAGAAAGGACAUCGUCGUCGUCGCAUAUCGUUCCGUUGGAGAACACUGGUCAAGUUCCGGGAGUAGGACAGGAACGUAACCUGACACUGAACCGACUUACGGGCGAUGUUCAAGACGAAGGAACGGGCGAAGUCGUCUCGACCGUAACAACUACAACGACAACGACAACAACGACGACAACUACCAAAGGCGGCGGCAAGAAAGAAGUCACCACAGAAGUCGUCUCAAACCCAACGCCCACCCCCUCCCCCGUCGCCCAAAACCGCGACAGCGUCGUCUCCGAAAUGCCCUCCGAAAUGCCCGCCGAGCCCGUCCCCAACCCCAACGCAACCCGCCCAAGCGGCCAAGCCCUCACAACCAACACCCCCUCCCUCCCGCAUCGCAACCCCAACCGCAUGUCGCGCGAGAACCUCGCGACGCCCGAGCGCGUCACCCGAGAAUCCCUCAGCGAACAACCACCCGUCAGCCCGAUCCAACCCACCAGCGGCUCCAACUUCAGCUACCCUGCGCGCGCGGGAGGACCUCCUUCGACGACAGCUCUCGGCGUCGAAGAGCCGCAGCAGCAGCAACAUUCCUCGCCAUCCCCGCAAACGCAGAGUACAUUCGAGAACCUCCGAGCCGCCGCGAGGGGGAUACACGGCGUCGGCGAAACCCUCCGCGGCACCCUCAACAACGAACUCGACAACCGUUUCCCGCGAAGGAACCCGGAUAAAGCUGCGGCGGCGCAGGCGAAGAAUCAGGGCGUGCUGGAGAGGGGACAGAGGGAGAUGGGGAGUUUUCAGAUUGAGCGGUGA